AUGGCAGGAUUAUACCAAACAUCUGGAGGAAAAAUAGACAGACAAGAUCAAACAGCAUAUGACGCUUGUGUAAGAGAAACACUUGAAGAAACAGGAAUAAAAACGCAACCUGUAUACUUAUUUAAAGACACCAGAUAUGGAAAUGGAUGCAAUGUAUACAUAACAUACAUUGGAACAAACAUACCACAGUUAAAAGAACCAGAAAAAAAUACAGCAUGGAAGCUAGUAACAUUCAAUCGAUAUAAGAAACUAUCACAAGAAGAAAAAAUGACAGGAACACAUAAAAAUGCUCGACAAACAAUUAACCAUAUACAAGAAAAAAUUAACAGGUUACAACAAGAAGUAAAAGAAUUACGCAAACAACAAAAUAAUAUACAAAAAGAAUUAACUAAUUGGACAACAAAACCUAUAACAGAAACAAAUAAUGAACAAUGGAAAAGAAUUGUAGAAUCCAUACCAACAACUAGAUUCUAUCACAUACCAAUUGAAAAAGAAUACAGAAAAUACUUCGCAUAUGGAGUAGAAGGAAUGGGACAAUUUCAACCAACACGAAUGCCCUUUGGAACAAAAAAUGCACCAGCAUUCUUUCAACGAACAAUGGAAUUCAUACUAAAUGAUGUAAUAUUUGAAGAUUGGAUACACGUAUACAUAGACGACAUAACAAUAGGAGCCAAUAACGAACAAGAAACAAUCGAAAGAACGAACAAAAUACUACAAUUAAUUAAAAAAGGAAACUUAAAAGCAAAAUUAUCCAAAUGUCACUUCAUGAAAACAAAAAUUGAAAUAUUAGGAUGGACUAUAACAAAUAAACAAGCAAAAAUUACGCCUGGAAGAAUAGAAGCAAUUUCCAAAUGGGAGUUCCCUGAUACAAAACAAAAGGUAUCCAAGAUACCCACAUUCUUAGGAAUAGUAAAUUAUCUCAGUACCCACAUCCCAAACACAGCACAACUCACUGAACAUUUACGAAAAUACCAGAAAAAUCCUGAAAAUGAAAUACUAAAGACAAAGGCAUUACAAGCUUUCGACAAGAUAAAAGAAAUAAUAAGUCAUG